CCUACUAAAAAUAAGAAUAUUUUUAACCAUAUCACGUGAUCUCAAAAUCCAAGGCAAAAUUUAGAUACUUCAACUAUACAAAAGCGCCAAUUCUUUGGUCUCCUCCCUUUUUAUUGUGUCAGAAUGUGUAGCUUCUUCAAUAGAAUCACCACAGCAUAGAACACAAGUAGAAUUACCACAGAGCCCAGAAUUGAUAUCACUCACUGGUCUACAGACAAGAGUCAUGAGUCACCUGCUUGGAACUGAACAGGCCUCAGAACCCAGGAAAGCCACAAAGAAAACCCAGGCGCAGCUCCGUUUCAGUAAUGCAGCAGGAGAUCGCCUGCUGGAGUUUAGCCUUCAACAUGCUUCCCAGAAGCAUCUGAAGGCCAGCAGGCAUGGCUACUGCAAAAAUUUUGCAUCACCUCCAGAGAAGCUCAUCGCUGGAAUCCUGGGCACCAUCUGGUUUACCUUAUUGAUUGCUCUAGUAAUCUCAACCAGAAUUGUUUCUCCAUAUGCUGAACUGAAGAAGCAGAUCCACCCCUUCUUGGUUAGAACCCAGAAAGGCUCACACGUCUUGCUCUCCAAAGAUAUAAACCACAGUCUAUCUUCAGCACAAACUUAUGCUCUUUGUCCAAAGGAAUGGAUCUUAUAUUCUCACAAUUGUUAUUACAUUGGCAUGGAAAGAAAAUCUUGGAAUGACAGUUUGGUGUCCUGCAUUUCCAAAAACUGUAGUCUGCUUUAUAUAGACAGUGAAGAGGAGCAGGACUUUCUGCAAUCCCUUUCACUGGUCUCAUGGACUGGAAUCCUUCGGAAGGGCAGAGGUCAGCCCUGGGUCUGGAAAAAAGACUCAACUUUCAAACCAAAGAUAGCAGAGAUUCUCCAUGAUGAAUGUAACUGUGCCAUGAUGUCAGCUUCUGGUCUCACAGCAGACAGCUGUACAACUUUACAUCCAUAUCUUUGUAAGUGUAAAUUCCCCAUCUGAAACACCCGCACUGGAAGUCUGCCAGGACUACAUGAUAUCCAGAAAAAAUGAAGUUUCCUGGAAACCCAGCUUGAUUUCCAUAUGCCCUGCCACUAGAGCAUCUGGAGUGUGAGGUCUUCAGAAAUACGAAGUUAUCAUCUAGUUCUGGUAUAUAGCCAAUACCCAUUGCAAUAACCUCUAUAAUGUGUGAGUCUUCAGGAACCGCCCUAUCAAUAAUGUGAAGUGAGGUAAUUCCACUUCACUGGAAUUAUCAUUCCAUAACCAAAUGUUUCAGAUAUCCCCUGUGUACCAUCUCUUCUGUUUAAAUGUGUUAACUGCUAUUUUGAUUUUCAUAGACACAAGCUGUAGGAUUUUUUUCUCAACUAUCUUGUUAAGCACCAUCUGAAUAUGACCCAACCAUAAAACUUCAAAGAAUUUCCACUGCUUGGGCCCUGUACCCUGUGCAGAUUAAGAUUUGUCUUUCUUAUCCUCUGCGUAUAUACACAAUUUCAUUGAGAUGUUCCUCUAAAUCUUUAAAAUAUUCAGCCAUCAAUCUCCACUCCAAGGCACUACCAAAUGGGCUUGGAAUUCAGAAUGGAAGGAGAUUCAAAGACAAAACAAAACAAUAGAAUUUCAACUCCCCAUGAAUAGAUCCUACCACUUACAGCAAAUGACUUUUUACAACAAAUGACAAAUGUCAGGUAUAGUAACAUGGAUGGAGGUGUCAUGAUAUACUGUGCUCUGUAAUCCACAGUCAUUCUCAUUGAUUCAUCUAGCUUCAUGUUUCACCCUCAGGUAAAAGUUACCAAAAAUGUUAUGAUGCUAUUUAUUGACAUCUGCACCCCCAACCUAUUUCUUGCUUGGGAAAAAGGAACACAGUAUACAGGGUUGGAAAACCAACUAUCUUUCCAUUUGUACUAUUCUCUCAAUAUAUCUAUACACUGUUGUCCAUUGCCUGUAAAUCUACUGUAACACAUCAGAAUCCAAGAUACCUGGACCCAGCCCCAACCCUGAAACAGUUGUCUGAUUCUUAAUAGAAUCCCUAUAAAUCUACAAUUGAACCUUGGACCUCUAGGCACCCUGCAUGAUCCUAAUCUGUAGGCAACUUUGGCCAUGCCAUUACAGAAAUGGCUAAGAAUGUCUCCCAGAAAACAAACUCUUCCUUCAGAGCAAUAGUUGCAGUGAGGGCCAUAGGCACUCAAUGUUUACUAAGGAGUAGUUGUUCAGUCUUUGAAGCCUAUCAGGUCUAUAAGCAUAACAUUUGGCUUUCUGUCAAGUUUAUCCUUAGGAACUCAAGCUCAAACAAAAUCUUGUUUCAUCAGCUUUUAAGUGAUCUGGAAAUAACCUUUCCCCUCCCACCCAUCAAGCCUCCUCCAUCAUCAUAUCAAAUUUUCCUGCUUAAUCAUAGGGCACCUUCUGCAUGUCUUAGUAAUUGCCACUGCAGCUAGGAAUCAUAUUCUAUUGCACAAAGGGAAGCCUGAUUCCUUUGGAAUUGUCUUCACAGAUACACCACUCUCAGACAGCUCAACCUCAGCUGUGUUUUAUUACCCAUACAAUGGGUAUUCUCCCACCCAUUUGGGUUCUGUUGGGUCUGUUUGAGCAUCAUUUGUUACAUUGGUUUUCCUCAGAAGACACACAGAAAUGCCUAUUUAGUCAAGAAUUCAUACGAAGAGACCAAAGAAGCUUCUUAAAGGAGACAGAAGAGGAUGUUGUAUUUCCUGAAGCUGGACUUUCUGGCUACUGUUAGCUGCCUGACAUGAGUGCUGCAAGCUGAACCCAGAUCAUUUGCAAAAGCAAUGAAGUGUUCUUAAGCACUGAUCCAUCUUCAGGCUCAGAUAUUUUCAGGAAUAAUCAGUGUUGCUAUGUUUAUUUUAUAUGUGUACACUUUUUGCAAGUGUACUGAAAAUACUUUGAGAGUUAAUUUAAUUGAAUUUUAUGUGUCUCUCCUUUCUGUCAUAACUCUGGUG